AGCAAGACUGCAAACCAUGUCGAGCAAUUCAACACCCAAGGUGGUCCUCGUGACGGGGUGUACGACGGGGGGUAUCGGAUUUCAUCUUUGCGAAGAAUUUGCAGAAAAAGGAUGCAUUGUCUACGCGACGUCCCGCAGGCUCGAGACUAUGGAGGGUUUCCAACACGAUACCAUCCGCACGAUGGCUUUGGACGUCACCAAGGAGGAGGAUAUUAGCGCCGCGGUGCAGAAGAUAUUAGAGGAACAGGGGAAGAUAGAUAUUGUCGUGAAUAAUGCGGGUGCAUUAGCUAUAGGCCCAGUUGCCGAGGCAACGAUUGAGCAAAUCCGAAACGCGUUCGAACUCAACACCUUCGCCGCUCUCCGCGUCACCAACGCUAUUGUGCCGUCUAUGAUCAAACGACGUGAAGGUCUCAUCAUCAACGUUGGGUCUAUCGCUGGUAUAGUCACGACGCCAUGGAAUACUCUGUACUGCGCUGCCAAAGCUGCGCUCCACACCAUUACCGAGGGCCUUGAUAUGGAGCUCAAACCGUUCGGUAUAAAAGUGAUGCUCGUCGUACCGGGCGGCGUCAAAUCCAACAUCUCUAAAAACCAAGCUCUCACGUUCAAGUUACCCCCGACCUCGCACUACGUCGAGUAUGAAGACCGACUAAUAGAGAGAAUGAACCUGGCUGCGCAUAAGGAUAGUAUGCCUACCGACGCGUUUGCCAGAGAGGUCGUGGCGAAGGCAUUGGUACCGUGCCCACCUCCGUAUCUGUCCCUUGGGUGGAAUACCUGGAAGGUAUACAUUUCGCAGUGGUUGCCGAGACAGUACGUCCUCGGACAGAUGUAUAAGGCGAUGGUGUGGAAGAACAAAUCAACGUGAUGUGUUGAUGCUCGACGAGGGCUUCGUGGGUCACAUGGAGUCCUGGUAGGCUUUGCAGGCGAGUGAUAGCAUCGUCGUAAUAGGAUAUCGAUGAGAAAUUCUUGUACGAAUUCACGACCUACCUUCAAUAUCACACUUUUUCGAGAGACUCG